CGCGAAAAUGUUGAAAGCUCUACAAACUUUAUCUCUAAAUCGUUCUAAAAACGCGAUCUUUUCGCUUGGCGCUCAAAAACGUUGGCAGACCAAUGUAGCAGCCUCGGAGAUCAGGGAGGAUCCCGAGUGGCUGGAGGCCAAGCCCUUUGAAGAAAUUCCGCGGGUCAAUACGCUAUCCUUAAUUAUGAAAACUGCUCUACCUGGUGGAAAAUACAAGAAUAUCGAUUUAAUGGACAUGUUCGAGGGCUUGCGACAGGACCAUGGCGAUAUUUUCCUAAUGCCAGGCGUAAUGGGUUCUCCGACAUUUGUCAUGACCAGCAAUCCAACGGACUUUGAGAUUGUUUUCCGCAAUGAGGGAAUUUGGCCUCACCGUCCUGGCAGUGAUUCCCUGAGGUACCACAGAGAAGAAAAAAGAAAGGAUUUCUAUCAGGGUGUUUCGGGGCUCAUCCCCAGCCAAGGAAAGGCCUGGGGGGACUUUCGAUCUGUGGUAAACCCCGUCCUAAUGCAACCCAAAAACGUGCGGCUCUACUACAAGAAGAUGUCGCAGGUCAAUAGGGAGUUUGUAGAACGCAUUAAAGAACUCAGAGACCCCGAAACAUUGGAGGCUCCAGAUGACUUUAUAAACACCAUCAACCGUUGGACUUUGGAGUCCGUUUCGGUUGUGGCUUUGGACAAACAACUAGGCUUGCUAAAGGAUUCAAGAAGUAACGUAGAGGCCCUUAGGCUAUUUGAAUACCUCGAGGAAUUUUUCGUGGUGGCGGCGGAUCUUGAAAUGAAGCCCUCUCCUUGGCGUUACAUUACAACUCCCAAGCUAAAAAGAGUCAUUAGAGCUCUGGAUGGAAUCCAGGAGGUAACGCUGGCCUACAUUGAAGAAGCUAUUGACCGUUUGGAUAAGGAGGCGAAGCAAGGCAUCGUGCGGCCAGAGAAUGAGCAGAGUGUCCUGGAGAAACUCCUCAAAAUGGAUAAGAAGGUGGCCACUAUCAUGGCAAUGGACAUGCUUAUGGCUGGCGUCGAUACCACUUCCAGCACCUUUACAGCUCUAUUAUUCUGCCUCACCGAGAAUCCUGAAAAGCAAGAAAAGCUGCGGGAGGAGGUAAUGAAGGUUCUGCCUGAAAAGGACUCUGAAUUUACGGAGGCUUCCAUGAAAAACACUCCCUAUCUGCGAGCCUGCAUCAAGGAGUCCAUGCGAAUUCGACCUCUGGUCUUCGGGAACGGACGUGCCCUCACCAAGGACACUGUCCUUAGUGGCUACAAAGUUCCAGCUGGAACUCUGGUAACCAUCUUAUCCCUGAACUCUUACACGAAAAAUGAAUACUUUCCACAAGCUUCCGAGUUUCUUCCUGAACGCUGGCUACGGAGCCCCAAGGAUUCAGAGUCACAAUGUCCAGCAAAUAGCCUGAAAGCCACGCAUCCUUUUGUCUUCCUUCCCUUUGGAUUUGGUCCUAGAAUGUGCGUAGGAAAACGCAUUGUGGAUAUGGAACUGGAACUGGGACUGGCCAGAAUCAUACGAAACUUUAAGGUGGAAUUUAAUUAUUCCACAGAGAACGCUUUUAAAUCGGCAUUGAUUAAAUUACCCAACAUACCUUUGAAGUUUAAGUUUACAGAUUUGCCUAAUUAA